UUGCUCCCUUUUCGGCUAUCCAUCGCUCCCUAGACCAACCGGAUAUAGGGGCAGGGUUUCCGCUUCCGCCUUCACUUUCCUCCCUCUAGUCCUCGGAUCGUACUCGCUAGCACAGCGGCCGCUUCCUGGCAAGGUGUCGGUGGGUUGGUUGGUUUGUCUCCAAACGUCAGUGUCCGUGCCGCUGAACUGCCCGCCAUGGCUGAGAUGGAUCCGUUUGGCGCCCCCGCUGGCGCCCCAGGCGGCCCCGCGCUAGGGAACGGGGUGGCCGGCAUCGGCGAAGAAGACCCGGCCGCGGCCUUUCUGGCGCAGCAAGAGAGUGAGAUUGCAGGCAUCGAGAACGACGAGGCCUUCGCCAUCCUGGACGGCGGCGCCCUCGGGCCCCAGCCGCAUGGCGAGCCGCCGGGGGGUCCGGAUGCUGUUGAUGCAAUAAUGAAUGGCGAAUACUACCAGGAGAGUAAUGGUCCGACAGACAAUUAUGCAGCUAUCUCACAAGUGGAUCGAUUGCAAUCAGAGCCUGAAAGUAUUCGGAAAUGGAGAGAAGAGCAAACGGAACGCUUGGAAGCCCUUGAUGCCAAUUCUCGGAAGCAGGAAGCAGAGUGGAAAGAAAAAGCAAUCAAGGAGCUAGAAGAGUGGUAUGCAAGGCAGGAUGAGCAGCUACAGAAAACAAAAGCAAACAACAGAGUCCUACCAUUUUGAUCCCCUUCCUGAUGUGAGUGAGAGUUGAGGAGGGGCGAAGUUCUGGCCUCUAGGCUGUACCUUGUCAGAGCCAGUGAAGUCCGGCAUGGAAAUAUUCAGAAGCUGCACCAGUCUCUUGAACAGUCUGUCUGAUUCCGGGGCACAGACAUCAAGCCAGUGCCAGAGCCAGGGUGCCUGGAGUUCUUUCUACCGUACCACUUGCCUCCAGCUGCUUUUGUCUCUAAGGUAGGGAUUUGAAAUGAUGAAAUAUGUUCCCAGGAUGCUGAAAAUGUAUCCUGCCCAGCCAGUGUGGAAAAGUAGUAGUUGGAUAAUCUAGAAUAAAACUGACUAGCACAUCUAGUGUUUGACAGCAUUCACACCCAGUGAUCUUUACUGAGACUAGCAGGAAGGUGGCAUGGCUUCCUGAGCACACACUACCUGGGAAGAAGCCUUCAUGUACAGGAAAAAGAGCCCUAGACUUGGAGCCAGGCAGCCCUGGUUGUGAGCUCUGGUGCCACUGUUGGGUAGCUGAGCGACUCAAUUACCUCCUUUGUAAAAUGCAGGUGAGAAUGCUCAGAGUCACAAAGUUGUUAGGUUGAGGACUGAAUCAGCAUAAUGUACAUGAAAGGGCUUAGCCCGUAAUUGGCUGCUUAAUAAAUGCUCGUUAUUGCUGGUGUAAACCACCCAGAAGGAAUGGAAGGUGCAGCACGCGCUCUGGCAAAUCCCAUGCAGGGUAGUCAGCCGGAAGCCUCGGCCUGCUGUGAGUCUCCAGUGCUGGAGGCCUCGCCAGGGUUAGGAUGGAGCCCUGGGAGUCACUCCGCUAUUGUGGAUUUUAGAUGUUUCUGCUUCUCAAUGUUCUCUCUUUUUUCCUGCCUGCUUGCCUGCCUUUUGGACUUCUUGCUGUCUAGGGUGGCAGAUGAAGCUUUCUACAAACAACCCUUCGCUGACGUGAUUGGUUAUGUGUAUGUUGCAAAACUAAUUCCUUUUCUUGUUUUGAUUCUUCUACUUUUUGUUUAGAGUUAAUGCUCCUUUUAUGUCACAAGUUGCUUUGCUUUUUAAAUUAUUUCAAAGUGGUACUGUGGGGCUCCUAAGAGUUGAUAAGCUGGGUUUAUGAUCCAUUGAUGGUCACAGGUCUUGCAGAAUUAUGACUUCUUGCACCUUUGAUUACCAUUUUUCAUAUUCAGGGUUUUGGAGGUGAGGAAAGCUAACUUCCUUUCCAAAUGUGAGUCCUUCAUGAUCUGGUCUGGGAAGGGUUUGGGACUUGGGUGGACUCUUACUUCUUGCUGUUGCUGCCACCACUGCUGCUUCCAGUGCCCUGCUGCCUCCCUGCCCCUAGCUAGGAAAGAGAAGUCUCCCUAUUUGGAAGGAGGUGAAAAUCCCAGGAGGCUGGGAGCAGUGGGCAGCAGCACUUGCAUUUCCUAUACUUGGUUCCUUAAAAAAUAAAUAACUGGGGUUGGUUGCCUCUCCCUUGGGGCAGAAGAGUCCUGAGCAGAAGCGGGUGUCUCCGAUGGGUACCUGUAGUUUGUUCUCUGUGGGCUUAUAUGUGGGAAAUCGUUGUUUGGUGGCCAACUUCAGAUGCCCUGCUCCCCACCCAAGCAAAAAGAGGCCCCCAGCUUUGAGGUCGAGAUAGUCAAAG